AUGCUUUCUACUAUACUCUCGCUCGAGCGUUGCAGAAACAUCCUGUCGUCUGCCAGUCGAGAUCUCCCUUCUUUAGAGUCAUUUCUCCGUGACUUUGAUCUCGACGACGGCGUCUUUGCCUCGGCAGGUCAACCCGCAAGCAGGCUAACGCCUAUUGAAGCCCAACGAAUUGCAAAUAAUGCUCGCCGCUGCUUUGAGAAGGAUCAUGAUGAGCCCGUCUGGAAUACCGAAGUUCACAAUCUUCUCUUGACCAGUGUUUUGCGGGGGGAUGAUCCCGAGGAGCAUGGUGCACAUCUUUGUGACUUUAGUUUGUGCACCACCGCUUCCAUCAUCAAGGACUACGUGCCGGCUGGCAUACCAGCAAAACGAGUUGACUUCUGCAUCUACCUCGAUCCUGCAGCCGAUGCGACAAUGGUCGGCAUCACUAGCAAGGUGCUGGCUUUGCGCCAAAGGCUACCGAGUUCGAGCCUGAACCACACAUCGUACGGUGCCCUUUGUCCCCACCCCAUCUCCGUCGGUCUGGAGACCAAGAGACCCGGGCACGACUUGGAUGGGGCAAUGCUGCAGAUUGGCGUCUGGCAGGCUUCACAAUGGAAAAUGCUCCGUCACGAGCUGCGCCGAACAGCCCCCGAGCGACUUGUGCAACAAGGCAUUCGCUCUCCCACAGUAGAUGAUGUCGAGAGAAACGUUCAGCUAGCAUUGUCGGAGCUGGGGGCGCUCCCAGGGGUCGUCAUCCAAGGCCAUGACUGGAUCUACGUCGCCACGUCUCCCGAGCUUCUAGAAUCCAGCCACGAGUGGCAGAUUCUUUGGUUGGGGAAGCGCUUCGGAGACACAAACUCGACACUUGGUAUCCACCAAAUCGCAGCUUUCCUUGAGCAUCUUGUGUUGUGGUCCAAGCAAACAUACUGGCCUUGGUUUCGAAAAUGGAUCCUCGCCUCUUGA